AUGUCAGACCAGCGCCCUCUCGGCAACAUUCGCCUUUGUGGCAUGACCAGUCAACGCAAUGGGUAUGGAGACACGAUCGAUGAGGAAUCGCCGCUCCUAGAUCAUGAAAACCACCUGGCCCUCAGCAAUAUUUGCAUGAUUGAAGGCGACGGCUACCACAGGAACGUCAGGCCUCACUUGGAUUUGACGUAUGAUCCAAACUCCAAUAUCGCCGGUGCUAUUUUGAGCCAUCCAUCACGAGUUUGGGGCGUCAAAAGUAAAAUUCUUUUGGCAUGCUAUGUGACAUUUCUUCUAGUAAUGCUACCACUCGGUAUCUUUACUGGAAGGCAUGAUUGGCAUCCGAACCGAGUUUUUGCGGUCAAUCUGACAGCCAUCUCUCUUCUUACCGUAGUGUUAGAGUUUGCAACCAAGCAGGCGUCACUUAACUUGCCUGACGUUCCUGGAAGCAUAAUUUAUGCUCUUCUAGGCAAUAUUGCUGAAUUAAUCAUUGGAACCGUUGCCUUGAGAAAUGGCCAAAUUGACACUGUUCAGUCAAUUAUGCUGGGCUCGAUACUCUCUAGCUUACUUCUUUUCAUGGGCAUGUGCUUCUUCAUCGGGAACAUUCUCAAUAUGCGCGAUGUAUUGGAUACUCAGGGCAUACAACAAAGCUUUUCUCCUAUCGGAGUACGAACCACUCGUUCAUUGAUAGUUGUAUCUUCAGCAUUCUUGUUUCUUCCUACUGCAUUUCACUUUAUGUUUUACCCUGUUGAUCAUGAAUCAGUCCGACAAGCCACCAUUUCCCUCUCCCGCGGCAUUUCUAUCAUCCUUUUGCUACUUUACAUACUAUACCUCAUAUUGAAUCUACACACUCACACCAACAUCUUUAUUGUUGACGUUUCGCACUACGACGAAGAGGCUGAAGAUCCGAUCAUAACACUCCUUCCUGCUCUUACACUACUGACUGUUGCCGCAUGUUGCGUCGCUGUUUGCGCCAGUCAUCUGUUGAACAGUAUCUUUCAAAUAACUCAUAUCACCAAGAGCUUUGGCACCUUUAUUCUUAUUCCAAUCAUGAGUAACGCGACAGGAAACGUUACUGCCGUUAUCAUGGCCGUCAGGAAUAAGAUGGAUCUCGCCAUCCGCAUCACAACAGGUUCUAGCAUUCAGAUUGCUUUCUUUGUGAUCCCAUCUCUGGUCAUGCUUGGAUGGACUGUUGGUGACGAGGCUAUGGACUUACGUUAUGGGUAUUUCCAGGGUUUGGUCUAUGCUCUUUCCACGCUGGUUGUCAUCACGUCCUUGACGAAACGCGGCACAUCUAAUUAUCUGAAGGGGGCUAUGUCACUUGGCAUGUAUACUGUUGUUGCUUUGGCUGCUGCUGUCAACAUUUCUUAUAACAGGGAGAGAGUGGAGAGAGUCUCUCAAAAUAUCCCAUCUUAA